AUGGUCAGCAUCUUAUUAAGACGAGGGGCUGACGUUAACAAACGGUGUCACGGCGCGUUCUUCUGUGCCGAAGACCAAAAAUCAAGUCGCACCGACUCGCUGGAGCACGAGUAUGUCGAGCUGAGCACAAAAACGAACUAUACGGGUCGAAUGUAUUUCGGGGAAUAUCCACUGCAUUUUGCGGCCUGUAUGAACCAGCCGGAGUGCUAUCGAGCCGUGAAAUUCGUCGGACCUUUUGUGUUGAUGAUCUACACAAUUAUCGCGUCGGAUCUGUCUCGGUUUAUCGUAAUCUACAUCAUCUUUCUUGUCGGAUUCUCACAGUCAUUCGACCUCAUAUUUACUGCAUGCGAACGGGCUGCAUAUACGGCAAAUGUGACCGUCACACAGACGACGGCUGAUGAUGGCGAUUCUUUUCAGAACCUGAUUCCGAAUCCGCAGGAGGCUUUGAUUCGAACGUUUAUUAUGACUAUCGGAGAAUUUAUGUCACUUUAUCGUGAACUGGCAGCCUGUGAUUCGUUAUUGAUGUCUACGAUUGGAAAAGUGUGCUUUAUCCUUUUCGAAAUGGGUGUCUCAAUCCUUCAGUUCAAUUUACUUAUCGCUAUGAUGACGCGAACCUAUGAAGAAAUCUUUCAAACGUCCAAGGAGUGGAAACGCCAGUGGGCGCAG